UUUCCGCUGCUGCUGCGCACUACCUGCUUUCACCUUGACGCGGCACCGACUGUCCGUCACGGGAGCGGCUGGCGGGAGCGAGGAUGGCUGCAGAAGAUGCUCAGUAACGGACACAGCGACACAAAGCAGGCCAAGAACAGCGCCGGGACCUGCUCCGGGACCGGGUGCCGUUCGGUCCAUGUUCCGACCAUGGAACGAGCCCGGCCGGUGACGGUGACGGUGUCCGCGGUGAGCCUCGCGCUCAGCGUCACGUCGCUACUGCUGCUGGUCACCGCCAUCUCCACCGAUCACUGGUAUGAGACCGACACCCGCCGACACAAGGACAACUGCGACCGGCACGGUUCCGACUCCAACGACCAGAAGAACCGCGAGAUGCCCAUCUACCACCUGCCGCUGGUGGACACUGGAGGCGGCGGCGGAGGAGGAGGAGGCGGCGGCGGCGGUGGUGGAGGUGGCGGAGGCGGCGGUGGGGCCCGGCACCGGGACGUAGCGCUGAUGAAGCCCGUUCAUGUGGGAAGCAGAGAGGAGGAGCUGCUGGAAAACUGGAGAGCCAUUCUGGGAAUGGGAAUUCUGGAGAGCGAGUGUGGAAGGCCACUGUUUUCCACGCACUCCGGUCUGUGGAGGAAAUGUUACUUCACCGAUAUGGACCCCGAUAUCGAUAAACUCAUCGACCGAGGUAUCGCUGACCGCUGCACAGCUGUCAAGUAUCACUUCUCUCAGCCAAUCAGAUUAAGGAACAUCCCACUGAACCUCACGAGGACGAUUCAGCAGGACGAGUGGCACCUGCUGCACCUGCGCCGCAUCACUGCAGGUUUCCUGGGAAUGGCAGCCGCCGUCCUGUUGUGUGGCAGCAUUGUGGCGUCGGUCGGGUUCUUCUGGGAAGAGAGUCUGACUCAGCACGUGUCCGGUCUGCUCUUCCUCAUGGCAGGAAUCUUUUGCACCAUCUCUUUGUGCACAUACGCAGCCAGUGUGACCUACGACCUCUCCAGGAAACCACCAUUUAUCUACGGUCUGCCGGCGGACGUGGACCACGGUUAUGGCUGGUCCAUCUGCUGUGCCUGGGCCAGUCUGGGUCUGACCGUGGCGUCCGGCUGCCUUGGGACCACGUUUCCGUUUCUGAGUCGUGCCGGAGCGCUGCGGUCCAAGACCGCCCGCGAGUCAUCCGUUUGAAAGGCCUGUGGGCAGGAGCAGCAAGUGGGCGGGGCUUUCAGAGUGGUUUAUUUAAUUCUGGUCAUGGACAGAUGGAAUAGCGCCCCCUGAUGACUUUCACAAUGCUAAUGUUUAUGAUGUGGACACACACAUACACUCGACUGAUUUUGUGUAAAUAUUGACUCGUGUUUUGUUUUGUGAGAUUCAGCAGCAGAUGUACAGACGUUUUCAAGCUCCUCCCACUUUCCCUGUGUGCGCUUUGAACCUGACGCGUGAUCGUUGAACCUGACGCGUGAUCUUUGAACCUGACGCGUGAUCUUUGAACCUAACACGUGAUCUUUGAACCUGAUGUUUGAACCCUGAC